UCUGCUUUGCCAUAGUAAUAUGUGGAUUGAUGGCUGUGGUUUUGCUUUGUUGGUCUUUGCAAUUAAUCUUUUUUUGCCUUCAAUUGAGGUCAGCACCUACUGUGUGUUGCUUUUUGACCAUUAAACCUGCCCCUAUGUUGUAGGUAUGCCGCCACUGAAGAAGAAGAAGGCUGCUACUGACAAGGCAGUGCCGAUCCCGGAUUUUUACCGGGCGACAAGAUCAGGGAGGGUGCGACAAGAACCUGCUCGGUCCACCGAAUCUGUAAGCGGGGGGAGUAGACGUCGAGCUGGAGCCUCAGUGAAUGAGGAUACUCAACGCACAGACACUGUGAAUCCAGACGAACCCAAUGGCAAUGAUGAUUCCGAGGCAGAAGCAUCCAAUCAUGAGACCGGAGAAGGUAGUAAUCCAACUGGAUUGGAAGCACCUGCGGCUAAAAAGAGGGGACUGUCCAAAGGGUACGAGAUAAUGAAGAGAACCGGAACUGGAGGAAAGAUAGAUGGAAUCUACGUAAUGGAGAAUGGGCAGUCAUUCGUAGGGCCUAAUGAGAGCUUGUUGAAGACAGAGUUGGGCGUCGUUACACGCCUGAUGGCCCCGAUACAGAAGUACUACUGGUCCAAGUUGACUGAAGCAGACAAGCACCCAUUAUUCAAGAAGCUAGAGGAUGAAUUUGACAUAGACACGGCAGGAGCAGAUGCAAGGAAGAUUAUGGAGAAGAGAAUGAAGAAGCGGUUCAUCAAUUACAAGUAUGCGAUGCACGCUCACUACCUGAAAGACCCUCAGACAGCCAGGACAGACCCUCCAGUGGACAUGAACAUAGAGGAUUGGCAUAUGCUGUGUGAUCACUUUGAGAGUGAAAACUUUAUAAAGCGAAGCCAAAUAAAUAAAGCCAACAAGAGUAAGCAAGUGUAUGCACACACUUCUGGUGCAAAAUCGCUUGAUCAAAGAAUAUAUGAGUUGGAGAAGAAAAAGAAGCAAAAGCAGCAGGAGCAGCAGCCUACUCAAGAAGAGCGGGAAACUGAUAUGGAGGAUGCUGAUAGCGUAGAGGAGGAGCCAAUAGAUCUCCUAUUGUAUGCGAAGAGGUAUCAGCGGGCUGACGGUAGUUGGGUAUCGGAGGAACCGCAGAAGAACUAUUUGGAGAUGCAGUCCAUGUGGAUAGAGGCAAAGGCAGAGGGGAAGCCUAUAUCAGGCCGUGACAUUUUUGAGAAGGUCCUCAAGAAAAAGGUGAAGUAUGGACCGAAGGAGAACCCAAGAUCAGCAAAGGAGCUUCAACUCCAAGAAGAAUUGGAGGCAACAAGGGCUGAAGCGGAAAGAAAAUCCAAGGAGUUUGCUGAGAAGAUACAGAGUCAGGAGGAGCAGCUAAAAAGCCAGGCUGAGAAGAUACAACUUCAGGAAGACAAGUUAAAGAGCCAGGAGGAGAGGUUUGAUACUCAAGCAGAGGCGAUGAACCAGAUGAAAGACGCACAUGACAAGCUACAGCGUCAAGUGCUAGUCAUUGCUCGCCAAUUACCCCACAAAUGAACUCCUAAGUCCAAGGUAACAACACUGCCUUAGUUUGCAGAGGCAGAUGAGAAUGCAGGCUAGGUGUUUGAUGUUUUAAGUAUGUUAGUUUAUGCUUUUGUGAACAAAGUUAUCAUGCUUUGUGUUGUGGUGAACAAGGAGUUUCAUGGUUGUGUGAUGUUGGACUACUUUGAAUGUUUGUUUAUGGUGAACAAGGCCUUAGUGGGACAUGGGAAUGGUCAUGGAUGUAAUAUGGUAGAUGUUUUCAAUUAUAUCUCCAUGUUCAGUUUGCGGAUUAAAUUUCGCAUUAUGGAAUUUGUUAAGCAGAUCAAAUGUGACAACAAUGGAAAGUUCACAUAUUAUGACAAGUCACAAUUAUAAGUUAUGAGAAAAUGCGUUCGUCAUAAUACACUGGAAUGGCAACAUAUAUUCGUCAUAAUAGGAAAAUAUGACAAAGGAUAUUCGUCACAACAUAAUUUAUGACAAAAUAAUUUAGUCACAACAAUGUGAUGGAAGAGUAUAAACCCAGGAAUAUGCC